UACUCUCUUUUUCUUUUCUGUCAGUUUUUAUUAUUUAAAAAUACACUUGUUUUCACCCACUCAAACGAUGGCCAUGUUGACACUGCAGGGUUUCAAUAUCGCGACGCAGCAGUUGACGACGAACAGCGAAGUGGGGAGUGACUACCAUCUGCCGAUCGUCCUGAAUCUGAAUGAUUUGAUCAGUCGACUGAAGGCCUUUCGACGCUCCAAGAUGCAAAGGCUUCCUUUGUUGGAGACCGAAGUGAGCACACUUUGCGCCCUGGCGCGCGAACUUUUCCUGGACGAGCCCAUGCUGCUCGAUGUCUCGGCACCCAUAAGAGUUGUGGGCGACAUACACGGGCAGUAUCAUGAUCUGUUGAAAAUUCUCGAUCAGUGCGGAUAUCCGCCGCAGACACGGUAUCUAUUUCUCGGGGAUUAUGUGGACAGGGGAAAGAACUCGGUGGAAACGAUCACCCUGCUCUUGGCACUGCGCGUCAAGUUCCCAAAGCACGUUUACCUAUUGCGUGGCAAUCACGAAUCGCAGUCGGUGAAUCGAGUCUAUGGAUUCUACGACGAGUGUAAGCGACGCUACACGGUGAAACUGUGGAAAACCUUUGUCGAUUGCUACAAUUGCAUGCCCGUGGCCGCCAUCAUUUCCCGUCGCAUCUUCUGUUGCCACGGCGGUCUGAGUCCGCAGCUGAAGGAGCUCAGCAAUAUCGAAUCGAUUGCCCGUCCCACAGAAAUUCCCGAAACGGGUCUGCUAUGCGAUCUGCUUUGGAGCGAUCCGGAUCGCUAUGGUUUCGGCUGGACAGCGAGUGAUCGGGGUGUUAGCUACCUCUAUGGGCGCGAUGUGCUCGAGAAGUUUCUGCAAAGGAAUGACUUCGAUCUGGUGUGUCGUGCCCACCAGGUGGUGGAGGAUGGAUACGAGUUCUUUGCCAAACGCCAGUUGGUCACCGUCUUCUCGGCACCCAACUAUUGUGGCUUGUACGACAACGCAGGCGCUUCAAUGGGCGUGGAUAAGGACCUAAUUAUCUCUUUCGAUAUACAGCGAAGUGAAAGUCGAAAAGUGAUCAUCAAAAAUAUGAACGCAACUCCCAUAACUGAAUGACAAACCAGAAAGUUUCGGAUUUGCAGACAGCUAACGGCGCAAAUUCUUUAUGCUGUAGCUUAAGAGCUCAGGCCACGGAAUCUCUGCAGCUCUUCGAAUAUACUAAUCGCAAAUUGUGCACUAUAUCCAAAAGGGUAGAUCAUCUGGACUUAAAUGUAUGUACUAUCAUCAAGUAAUAAUUUCAUUUUGAUGAAAGAAAGUACCUAACAACCAUCAAAAUGCCAUUACUGCUUGAUGAUACUGCAUUGAAAAUGUGUAAAUUAUAAAUAUAAAUUCAGCAAUGACAAUCAAUAGAAGAAAUACAAAGAAAUUUUA